UAUAUUAUCAUAUUCUGAAAAGUUUAGACAACAUUUAAUGAUGAGAAAUAUAUAGCACAGAUGGCAUUAUUUAAGUGUUUUAAUGUUUUGGCGCAUAUUUACAUUGUUCAUCUCUCGCAGUGAAACUUAUUGUUACACUCUUUUUUUCGAAUUUUAUCUUUCAUUGUAACAUUUUCUUCAGUAAUAGUGCGGACCAAAAAUAUACGUACAUCGACGUAACAGACCCAAAACAUAUCAAGGAAUUUUGUCAUUUUUUAUGGAUUCAUUUCGACGAAUGUUUUUUUGAAACAUCUGAAAUAAGCCUUUCUUUCAUCGAAAAUACAAGGUCAAUUCUCCAAGUUAGAUAAAAUGAAUAUAGUGUGUGUGAUUUGUAGCGAAUUAUUAGUACCGUCCAAUGAAGUUUUUCACACUCCAUGUGGACAUAUUUUUCAUCAUAUAUGUUUAAUACAAUGGCUUGAAAGAUCAAAGACUUGUCCACAAUGUCGAGAGAGAACUACAGAAAGCAAGAUACAUAGGAUUUAUUUCAAUUUCUCAAACAAUGAUAGCAUCGUAGAAGAUCCUUCAUUUCUACAAAGUAGAAUCGAUAAUUUGACUUUGCAACUUCAAUUAAGGGACCAAAGAAUCAAUAAUCUUACAGAAAUAAAAGAAAAGUUGGACAUGCAAACAGCUGGUUUAAGAAAAGAAGUUAGAAAAGUAGAGAGUGAAAUAAAUGGCAAAAAUAGUGCCAUUCAUGCACUGAAGGAACAAAUUAAAUUUUAUAAACGAGAAUGUCAAGAUAUAGACACUUAUAAAAAAGAAAUAGAACAGUUGAAGAAAAAAAAUGAAGAUUUAAAAAACUUGCAAGCUUUGCUAGAUUCUUCUAUUGAUGAAGUAGAUGAUAUAAUGGCGAUGACAUGUGAUAUUGACAAGCUCAAGACAUACAUAGUAAUAAUGAAAAAGAAUAUGAAUACUGAUUUACAAAAAAAAAGGGAGCUAAGAGAUAAAGUUAAAACUUUACAACAGGAAUUAAUGCGAGUUUCGGCAACAUCUAAGUCUUUGUCAGAGGAACGCAGUAAACGAAGAGCAUUGGAAGAACAAUUAAUUAUUUGUGAAAGUGAAAAAAUAAAUCUUCAAAAUCAGCUUCUUGUUGUACAAGAAAAUUUGUGUAAAUUUGCCUCUAAUAUAAAUAUGCCUGUGGAGAAGCAAGACAGUUUGAAAGUACAGGCUUGUGAUAUGAAAUCUGUUGAGAUAAACGAGAAUACAACGAUGCUUGAUGUCACUCCAAGACUAAAAAAAGAUGAUAGUUGUAUUAUUAUAGACUCAGAUAGCGAAAUUACUCCAGAAAAUAUAAAAUCGCAAGAUUUUUUCUCAAUGAAGAAUUAUGGUAUGAAAAGGGAGAGAUCUAAUAGUAAUCUAAAAGUUCCUUCCAUACUUGCCAAAAAAUCGAAGUUUCAUGCAUCAAAUCAGACUAAUGUUGGUAUGACUUUUGAUGGUUUUGGCGGACAUGCCAAAUAUGACAAGUUUCCUAGCCCAGUAUCUACCUCACAUAUAAAGAAAAUCAAAAGAUGAAACUUGACACUGCUAAUAAUCAGAACCUCAGUGAUGUAUAUAAUUAUAUAGUUGAUAUAAUGUGUGACGCCUACAUUGGAAGAAGAUAUUAAUUAUAAGAAACUUAAAAACCAACAAAAUUUUCAAUUAUUGUUGCAUAUUGGUACAUCGUAAUCAUUAUUAUUUUACAAAAAAAAAAAAUUAAUUUUGAUUUGUGAUUUAUUUAAGUGAAACUUAUUAUAAUUUAUGAUUAUAUUUUAUUAAUUUCUGUAUUGUGUAUUGCAAAUGUACGUAAAUUGAAACCUCCAACAAUUUAUGAAUAAUUUAUGGCUGUUUAAAUUAAUUUAAAUCGAUUACGAAUUAAUUUCUAUUUUUUAUUACGUUUGACAAAAAUUUAAAUUCUAUAAUUUUUCACUUGUUUUUUCAUUGAACAAAUUGUAAAUUGCAUUGUGAUUUUGUAAAGAAUAGGCAAAUUAAAAAGAAUUGAUAAGAAUUCUUCAAAAAUUGAAAGAGA